AUGAUAAUAAUAUUAAUUUUUUAUUUGUUGAUAAUUUUUUAUUUAAAAAUUAAAAAUUUGAAUUUAAUUAUAGGUAAUUUAAUUAUAUUAGUUUUAAUUUUUAAUUUAUUUAAUUAUAGUUGAAUUGAUUGAAUUAUAAUUUUUUGUAAUUUAAGAUUUAAUUUUUAUUCAUAUGGUUUAAUUUUAUUAACUUUAUGAAUUUUUGGAUUAAUUUUUUAUUCUUUAAAUAUAAAUAUAAAAAAUUGUUUAUUGAUUAAUUUUUUAUUAAUAAUUUCAUUAUUAAUAGUUUUUAUAUCAAUAAAUUUGUUAUUAUUUUAUUUAUUUUAUGAAUUAGGUUUAUUAUUAAUUUUUUAUAUAGUAGUUGAAUGAGGGUAUAGAGAAAAUCGUUGAUUAUCAGGAUUUUAUUUAAUAUUUUAUACUAUAGUUUUUUCUUUACCUAUAUUAUAUAUUAUUUAUUAUAUAUAUUGAAUUGAAUGUAGUUUGAUAUUUUUAUUAAUAGAAUAUAUUAAUUUUGAAUUAUAUGAAUUAUUAUUUAUUUAUUUAUUAAUAUCUUUUUUAGUUAAAAUUCCAUUAUAUAUAUUUCAUGGAUGAUUAUUAAAAGCUCAUGUAGAAGCUCCAUAUUAUGGAUCAAUAAUUUUGGCUUCAAUUAUAUUAAAAUUAGGCAGAUAUGGUAUAUUACGAUUAAUAAUAAUUUUUAAAAUUAAUUUUUUUUAUUUUACAAAUUUUUUAGUAAUUAUUAAUUCAAUUGGAGUUUUAGCAUUAAGAUUAAUGUGUUUGUGUCAAUAUGAUAUAAAAUCUAUUAUUGCGAUUUCAUCAAUUGUUCAUAUAGGAUUAUUAAUUAUAGGAAUAUUAACUUUUUUAAAAUUAAGUUUAAUUGGUAGUUAUAUAAUAAUAAUUUCUCAUGGUUUAAGAUCUUCUGGUUUAUUUUUUUUAGUAAAUAUAAUUUAUAAGCAAACUAAUAGACGAUUAAUGUUUAUUAAUAAAGGAAUGAUUAAUUUUAUACCUUCUGUUGCUUUAUUAUGAUUUAUGUUAUGUUCAUCAAAUAUAGGAUCACCAGUUUCAUUAAAUUUAGUAAGAGAAGUUUUAUUAAUAAUUGGAUUAAUUUCUUGAUUAAAAUAUAUAUUUAUUGUUUUAAUUAUAUAUUGUUUAUUUAGAUUUAUUUAUUCUAUUUAUUUAUUUAUAUUUAUUAAUCAUGGAAAAAUUUAUAUUGAAUUUAAAAUUAAUAAUGGAUUAUUAGUUGAAUAUUUUAUUUUAAUAAUGCAUUGAAUUCCUUUAAAUAUAAUAUUUUUAAAAUUAUAUUUUAUUU